CACUACGUACUUUUCACUUUUUUUUUUUUGAAAAGAGAACUCUUCAUUUUUUUUGUAACUUGAUCUUUUUAUAUUUUGCAUAUAACAUAGUUUGAUAUUGGUUGUAUAUCUUUGACAAGAAAGUUGUACAAUUCUUAAAACUUGUACAACAGAAUAUAGACUUAAAUAUAAGACUAUAAUUAAUAAAAUAAGUCAGAUUAGUUGUAUAUAAAAUAUAUAAUUUAAAUUAAAUUGCAUGAAUUUGAGCUUAAUUUUUAAAGUGUUUAGUUUGGAUAAACCACAAAGACUCAAAAGUCAAAGCAUAUUUUAAAGUUGAUUGUUUUAUUGAAAAACUGAAAUCGAAACAAGGAAAAAUGGUUCAAGAAACUGAACCAAACCUGGAUUUUUGAGGAAGUGAGUUGACUGCAGAAAUGCGUGGGACUAAAAAUAUCAAAUUCAAUUUUUGAAGACUUAAUUGCUAAGUAGAUAAUUAUUAAUUACUAAUGAAAAUGUAAGAGAUGUGUAUAAAUACCGGUAUAUAUUUCUUUUUAUUUUCUCCUCUCUUUGAUAAGAAGUUAAAACCCUUUGGAAUCCCAAUCAAAAAAAAAAAUUGAUGCAAGGGAUAUCUCCAAUUAAAAAUAAAAUAAAUGAAAAUCCAAAUAAAAUCUUGAUUUAAUUACCAUAAAUUGCAAUGCCCACGAAAAAAAUAAAUGCAAAUUAAUCAUCUAUUACUAUUCCCUAAUUGCACGAUCGAUUACGACGUGGUUGGUUCCAAACACAAAACGUGAACUCAACUUUAUGUACACACAAAAUCAUGUUUGGUAGACUAGGAUCUUCAAUCAAUCAUAGAUAUAUUCUUUGUGUAUAUCAAAAAGAAAUUAUGGUAAAUUAUAAAAAGAAUCAAAGAGGUAAAAUUGAAAUAAAACUUACACAAUAUAUAUAAAUAUAAAACACUGUUUUACUAGUAAAAGAAAGAAAAGCAAUUUGUAUUUUGUGUAAACAGUCAAACACGACCUUAAAUGUUAAAAGUCAUAUCCAUAGAUAUGAUACAUACCAUUUAAUUAAAACUUAAAUAACAAAAUCUAUAUAUAUAUCAAUUAGAUAAAUAAAGACUAUUCAUCCCAAAACUUGAGUAGACUCUUCUUCACUAUUUUCUCUCUAUUGUCGACAUCUUCUUCACCUCCCUAAGUACUAUUCGAUUCUAUUUUGUCUUUCUUUGAUUUUUCAUAUAUUUGAGAUUUAUCUUGAGUUUAUAAGAGCUGUGGGAGAAUAUCUUCUUCAGUACGUUAGGUAUAUACGGAAAGAAACCCUAUUUGUCAUUAUCAGCUGGUGAGAUCUGUUUUCAUCUUCUAUCUAUCUGAGCUAGACUUUUGUGUGGAUUCAAGCUUCGUAAGCUAAUGGAUCAAUUAAGUGGUAACAAAUCCAACUGUGGAUUCUCACUUCGGAGACCUAGAUCUACACAAGAAGAAGAACAAGCUGAAGAUGAUGAAAGACAAGCUAAAAGCAUCGAUCUCAGGGAAGAAGAAGAAGAAGAAGAAGAACAUGAGGAUGAUGAUGGAGCUACAAGUGCAGAUCUAGAAGGGGAUGAGGAAGAAGAAGAAGAAGAAGAAGAAGAGAAGAAGCAUAUAUGUUGUGCAUGUGGCAAAAGCUUUACGUCAGGUAAGGCUUUAGGUGGUCAUAAAAGUCUUCAUAUGCUCCAAACUCGGAAAAUUUCAACGGUGAGACCAAAGAUGGUGUCUGCUGGUGAUGAGAGAGGUGAAUUCGAAGUUGAUUGUUGUGUUUGUCAUAAGAAGUUUCCAUCAAUGAAGGCUUUAUAUGGACACAUGAGGUUUCAUCCAGACAGAGGAUGGAAAGGAGUUUUGCCUCCUCAUCAUCCCCUUGGUAAUUUGUCUUCUUCUACAAUCUCUACUGAUGAUGAUGAUGAUGAUGAUGGGGAUGAUGAUGAUGAUCAUUGGGAAUUGGAAAACGUGGUUGACCUAAAGGAAUCGGUCAAAUCUACGUGGACGACAGGGAAGAGAGCAAGGAGAAGUGCUUUGAAGAUUGAUGAGUCAGAUAUUGAUGCUAGGAAUCUACUGGUUUUAGCUACUACUGCGGAAGCUGUUGAUCUCGAUGUUGUAGGGACUUCUGAUUCUCUCUCCGGCGAAGAGGUGAUGACCAAGAAGAAGAAGAAGAAGAAAAGAUUGUCUGAGAUGGUUGAGGUUGUUGUUGGUGGAGCUGAUGAGGAAGGAGGUGGUGCACAUGAGAAGCACGUGUGUGUGACUUGCAACAAGUCCUUUACUUCUUAUCAAGCUUUAGGAGGUCAUAGAGCAAGUCACAACAAGGUCAAGGUUUUGGAGAAUCAUCACGCUAGGGCAAACGGUGAAGCUUUGUUACUUGGUACCGAAGCAAUGAUAACCGGUUUGGGUAGUGCUCAAGGACCAAACACAUCGUUAAGCAGUAUCGGAGAUCAUGUUUGCAACAAGUGUCAUAAAAGUUUCCCAACAGGUCAAGCUCUUGGGGGUCACAAGAGACGCCAUUGGACUGGACCAGCUUCUAGUGAGGUUGCAACUGCUGUUCCAUCGGCUGCGACUGCUCCAGGUGGAGCUUCUUCUAGUCAGGUAAUAGAGACAGUGCAAGAGGUGAAGAAAAGAAAGCUUUUGGAGUUUGACUUGAAUGAGUUGCCACCUAACGAAGAGUGACUCUCAGAAACGUAUAUAUGCAGGCAAGUAAACUUUAAUUUAAAAAUCCAAAAAGACAAAGACAGUGAGUGAAACUAGGGAGUAAUGAUGGUAUAAAGAGUUGUUGACAUGGUAGUUUUAGAAAAGAGAUAAAAAUGCUUUUGGUUUUUGGUUAUUAUUUGAGGUUCCUGGUGUUUGGCUUUUAAUCUAAUUUGAUGGGGUCUUUUGUUAUUUUUUUAUACAAAGGAUAUAUGAUCCUUGUAUUCUUCUCUCAAGCAUCAUCAUAAACACCACAUAAUAUUCACUCAA